GCAUCUUUUGUUUCAGCACAUUUGCCGAGAAUGAAGAAUCAGACUCCCAGAGACAGGGCUUCAAGCUCUAAAGGGAAGGAGAGACACCAGUUUCAAAAUCCUAAUUUCCAGCAGAAUUCAAGCGAGAAUAGCCAGUGGGAGGAGGCGCAUGUGGACUCAGCAACACCUACACCUAACGGCGGCAAAUGCUUGAGAGCCUCUGGUGGCAGACGACGCGGCCGGAGAAAUGGGGCCCACCAACCGAGUUCGAAGCCUGCUGCACUCGCUAAAACGGAAACCUCGGGCCGAGAAAGCCACCCCACCGUCAAUUCAUUUUCAGUGAGCACGGGUUCUACUACUUCUAUUACACAUAUGCCAGGUUCACCAAACGGGUAUACCUGGUCCCACCAGGGCUCUGCGCUUAUCUCGUGGAGUAUUGGGCCUGCAAUAUGCACACUCAAAUAUGUGCUGGCCACCUUCGUCUGUAUGAUCAUCUUCUUCUUGUUCUGAAGA